GUAUUCAUUGGGAUAUCAUGGUGACAAUGGAUUGAUAUACAUACAACACCCUAGAGGAAGAAAUUAUGGACCUCUAUUUACGGAAGGAGACACAAUUGGAUGUGGUGUGAAUUUCUAUAAUCGUACCGUAUUUUAUACAAAAAAUGGUGUUAAUUUAGGAACGGCAUACAUUGGAAUUGAUCAUGGAGAAUUCUAUCCUAUGGUUGGGUUAAUUACUACAGACGAAUGGGUGGAGGCCAAUUUCGGGGAAAAACCUUUCAUGUAUAAUAUAUCACGCCAUGCAAAGAUGGUUUUUGACCAUGCAGUUGAGAAUGAUCUUCACGUAGAACAAGAAUCACCUGGAGAUUAUGAACUUGAUGAUCUAAUGCCUCCGCGGUUUUACUGUGACAACUGUGGAGCUUUUUAUUGA